CCUUCAUUGCGGAGUACUCCAAAGCAACAACCAUGGGGCCAUUCUUUGCCUUAUUCUUCUCCACUGCUGUUUUUCUCCUCAGAAUUCAGGGAGGUCAAUGUGCUGAUAUAAUUGGAGGAAAAGAAUCAGUUCCACACUCAAGACCUUAUAUGGCUACCAUCAUCCAAGGAAAAUACCUUGUGUGUGAUAAGCUGAGCUGUGGGGGGACUCUGAUUGACAGGAAAUGGGUGUUAACAGCAGCCCAUUGCUUUCCGAGUGAAGACUUGCAAAUUGUUCUUGGAGCUCAUUCACUAUGUAGACGAGAGAGGGGGAAACGGAUCCAUGGCAUUACUCAAGUGUUUGCUUACCCAGGCUAUAAUGCAAAGACAGUCGAAAAUGACAUUAUGCUUUUGAAGCUUGACAAAGCUGCCAAGGUGGGGAAAACUGUUCAGUUCAUUAGGCUUCCCAGCAUGUUUGAAGAUGUCAAGGCAGGAACCCAGUGCCUAGUUGCUGGAUGGGGAACUACAGACAAUGGAGAGCUAUCUGAAACCCUGCGUGAAGUUAAUGUCACUGUUGUGGCCAGAACUGCCUGCAAUGAUCUUUAUCAAGAGGAGAUAACUGAAAACAUGCUAUGUGCGGGAGAGAUGAAUGGAAGCAAGGAUUCUGAUCAGGGUGACUCUGGUGGUCCUUUGAUAUGUGAUGGGGAACAAAGAGGUAUCGUCUCCUUUGGUAUAAAAGGAUACCCUGGGGUCUAUACUCGUCUUACCAAAGACUACAUUGCAUGGAUAAAGAAAACCAUGGAAGACAACGCAUAGAUGUCAUUUCUUGAUCUUAGUAUAACUUUUUUUGCUUGUUUGUGCAAAAUGCUUACCUCAUUCAUCUCUGUAACUGUGCUAGUCUAUGAUUUCCACUUCCACAGAUGGGCAAGAGAGGGAGAAUAUCAUAUCCAAGGCCAGCUGUAGGACUAAAAGACUGAGUUUGACCAUUCCUGUUUUAACAUUCUGUCAAUUAGCUCUAUAAUAACUGGUUGCCUCUACGACCGUGCAGGGUUGGACAUGGCCCAAUAUGGGCCAGAUUGGAGGGUGUCAGGGAUACAUCGAUCGCAACCUAGAGAAAUCUAGUUCAGGUUGGAGUUCUCUGAUGCCAUUUGGGGAACUUUAGAGCACUUCGGAGUCUACA